GUCUUUUUAAUAGCGGUUGUUUCAGCUUCUUUUGUUCCUUCCCAUAACCACACUCUUUCCCUGAAAUGAAACUCUUUGCGCUAUCUGCAAUCGUCGCUGCUUUUCUAGCCGUCUCUGACGCCGCAACCACCAAGGUCCCCAUCAAGAAGACCAAGGAGACACCUGCUGAAAAGCUUGAACGAUACAGCCACACUGGCGAAUACCUGACCCAAAAGUACUUUGGUGCGCAGCGCAGCCAACAACCCACCACCCUGCAAACUUUCCAAGUCGAUUCUGAGGGUCAGGUUGAACAUGGUGUCCCCAUUUCCAACUACAUGAAUGCUCAGUAUUACGGCGAGAUUGAGAUUGGUACACCACCUCAGCCUUUCACCGUCGUCUUUGACACUGGUUCCUCCAACCUUUGGGUGCCCUCCACCCACUGCAGCUCGAUCGCAUGCUUCUUGCACCGUCGCUAUGAUUCGGGUCAGUCAAGCUCCUUCAAGGAGAACGGUACUGAUUUUGCUAUCCAGUACGGCACCGGCUCUUUGGAAGGCUUCAUCAGCGAGGAUAUGCUUUCUGUCGGUGGCAUUGACAUUAAAGACCAAGGCUUUGCUGAAUCCGUCAAGGAACCAGGCUUCACCUUCGCUCUUGCCCGCUUUGACGGCAUUUUCGGUCUUGGCUAUGACCGCAUCUCCGUCAAGGGUGUUGUCCCACCUUUCUACCACAUGGUCGAGCGCGACUUGAUCGAUGAGCCCAAGUUCUCCUUUUGGUUGAAUGGCGAUCCCGAGGACGAAGACAACGGCGGUGAGCUUGUCUUCGGUGGUGUCAACCCUGACCACUUUGAAGGCGAUAUCGUGUACUCGCCCGUCCGUCGCAAGGGCUACUGGGAAAUCGAGUUGGAGGAUAUCAAGUUUGGCGGAGAAUCCAUCGAUUUGGAACCUGUUGGUGCUGCCAUCGAUACUGGCUCAUCGCUGCUUGUUGCCCCAACAACUAUUGCUGAGCUUAUCAACCGUGAAUUGGGUGCUGAAAAGAACUGGGCUGGCCAAUAUGUGCUCGAUUGUGCCAACAUCAAGGACUUGCCAGAGUUCUGCUUUGUCUUUAGCGGCAAGGACUUCUGCUUGACUGCCGAUGACUACGUCUUGAACGUUCAAAACCAAUGUAUUUCGGGCUUCAUGGGAAUGGACAUCCCCGAACCCGCUGGUCCUCUUUGGAUUGUUGGCGAUGUUUUCCUCCGCAAGUACUACUCAGUGUAUGACUUGGAGACUAACAGCGUUGGUCUUGCUCGAUCCAAGGCCUAAAACCACAUUUGGUCUUUUCUCUUUUCUGCCCUUUUCCAUUUUCUGUUGUAUUUUCAUUUUCUUUUCCUCUCUUAAGCUACCUACAAUGGCUUCAUUCUAUAAACGCGGUCUUGUUCAUACGAAAGCAUUGUAUGCAAACUGAAUUGUCUCUAUUAAAAUAACAAGUUACUCGAAAACUGUCUCACAAUCUGGCU